CACCCUCAGGGCGUCCAAGCGUUCGACAGAACUCGAUGACAACUAUCUUGUCAACCACUGGUUACUUGAUCGCAACGCACUCACUGCAUCCACUGCAUCAAACGGGGAACACUGGGAUAGUCUCUUAGAGUACACUCAGAUUUAUUGGCCAAAGGAGUGGUUGUCCUACGUAUGCCACUGGUGUCUAGAUCUAUACUCCCGGCUCACGCUAUCGUAGGACGACAGCAGGCAGAGAUGGACUCUGGCGGAAGGAAGCCUGAUUUCCGUGCCUGAUCCGGACUCACUUGCUGACUUCGAAGACAUAUUCACAUCCCUAGGCAUCUUCAAGCGAGCGCACCCUGCGUUAGUGAAGGAGAUCACCCGUCUUGGAGAUGAGGAGGAAGCCGAGCUCGAGCGUCGCCUCCGCCAGGCGCUGCCGCGGGUCCUCGACACCUACGCCAUGCUCCGCGCCAUUCGUUCGAAAGAGCGGCGUCACGAGCCGGUGAACGAGGCGACCUGGCGUGUGCCGAUAGAUGGUCUGCUUAUGCACCUCUUUAUUCACAGCACUCAGGAGUUUUUGGUGAAGCUCACGGGGUACGUGUCGGGUCAAGCAGAAGGAAACGAGCAGUGAGUUCAUUAA